CUUUUCUUCCCGCCCUCGCUAGGUGUAUAAAAUCGGGGGGAUUUCACCGUCAGGCACUUCACUCCUUUUCCUCUGCUUGAAAUCGGACUGGGGCGAAAAACCAUACAACUCUAAUCAUGAGCAGAAACUUCUUGUCCAAAAAUGAUGAGCUCCGCAAGGGAGACCAUCUGGUGUCCAACAACGGAGAGUUUAAGGCUGUCUUCCAGGAUGAUGGUAACUUUGUGGUCUAUGGCUGGCAGCCCGUGUGGGCUUCAGACACUGCAGGGUCAUCCCCUUUCCGCCUGUGCAUGCAGGGGGACUGCAACCUGGUCAUGUACGACAAGGGGGACAAAGCCAUCUGGCACACAAACACCUCCAAAUCUGACUGCAACAUUUGCCGCCUUCAGCUGACCAAUGAGGGCAAACUGGUGGUGAACAAGGAACAAGAUGAAGUCUGGAACUCUGAUGAAUCCACUGGUAUGAAGUGAUCCAUUGUGUUUGAAAAUCAUGUUUUGAAGUCAAUUCGAUUCACCAUUUAACAUGCUUGUUAUGUAAUAAAAUAAACAAACGUUCACAAUGCA